AGGUGACGUCACGGCGCCGAGAGCGAGGCUGGGUUAGAGAGGCCGACCUAGUAGGAGUCGUCUGCUUGUGGUGGAGGCGGCUGGGAGCCGGUGAGAGGGCGAACGAGCGAGCGAGAUAGAGCAGGCAGCAGGGAGCGUCGUGCAGCGCCGAGGAGCGCCGGGCCGGGCCGAGGCGGACCCACAGCCCGAGAGGGCAGCCCAAGCUGGGCGCCGGGGGUCCCCACCCCCACCCAGCCGGACGGUGCUCGGUGUUUCCCCGUGCGGGGGGCGGCGGCGGCAGCUGACGGGAUCCGACAGGACCGCGGGCGGGUUGCCACCUCCGCGGAGGAGCCGGCGCGGCCGCGGGCUCCUCAGAGCCGGGGUCCAGGGCCCGUGACAGACGGGCCGAAGAAGGGAGCGAGGCGGCGGCGACACCAUGUCAUCCCCCAGUCCGGGCAAGAGGCGGAUGGACACGGACGUGGUCAAGCUCAUUGAGAGUAAGCAUGAAGUUACAAUCCUGGGAGGACUCAAUGAAUUCGUAGUGAAGUUCUAUGGACCACAAGGAACACCAUAUGAAGGUGGAGUAUGGAAAGUUAGAGUGGAUCUUCCUGAUAAAUACCCUUUCAAAUCUCCAUCUAUAGGAUUCAUGAAUAAAAUUUUCCAUCCCAACAUUGAUGAAGCGUCAGGAACUGUGUGUCUAGAUGUAAUUAAUCAAACUUGGACAGCUCUCUAUGAUCUUACCAACAUAUUUGAGUCCUUCUUGCCUCAGCUGUUGGCCUAUCCUAAUCCCAUAGAUCCUCUCAAUGGUGAUGCAGCAGCCAUGUACCUCCACCGACCAGAAGAAUACAAGCAGAAAAUUAAAGAGUACAUCCAGAAGUAUGCAACGGAAGAGGCCCUGAAGGAGCAGGAAGAGGGCACUGGGGACAGCUCAUCAGAGAGUUCUAUGUCUGACUUUUCGGAAGACGAGGCCCAGGACAUGGAGUUGUAGUAGAAAAAAGCACCUGCUUUUCAGAAAGACUAUUAUUUCCUAACCAUGAGAAGCAGACUAUAAUAUUCAUAUUUAAACAAAGCAAUUUUUUUUAUUACUAAACAAGGUUUUUAUGAAUAAUAGCAUUGAUAUAUAUAUAUUAUAUAUCACCCUUUAGAUCUUGAUUUCUUGGUCAUUUCUCAACCUGAGGUGCAUAGCAUAUUCCCACAUUCCAUUUUGGUAGCAAUAUGCGGUCUGAAUGCAUGCAUUCAUAAGUCUAUUUGGCCAAGGCAGCCUGUGUGCUACUGAAUGUCACAUAGCCACUCUGAUAAGUAGAUAAGAGUAAAACUAACAGGAAAAGUUGCUUCUUUUUAUUGAUGGUUCCAAAGAAACAAACCAAACCAAUCAGCUCUUGGAUGUGAAGAUAGGAAUAGUGCUUUUUCAAAUUGGAAAGGAAAAAAUUGGGGAGGAAGAGGCCUGCUUUGGGAGCAUGUAGAGCCAGCCACGUACAAAUUAGCGGCCCCUUCCUGGGAGUCCUAGGUGGGCCAUUUCUGUGGAGUAUCAAUGUAAAGCAGGGAGCUAAUUGGAGCAUUGAGAAAACAUUUUUGACUGGGAUUUAAGUGCAUUUUUAUAUGUAGAUUCCUGCCCUUCAUACUGCCAAACCUGCAGCUACCACAUUGUGCAUUGGAGAACCUUUUGGAAGUAUUUUCUGAACCUGAUUCUUUUUCUUGGGGACAGCUUGUGAUCCAAACCUUUUUUUUUUUUUUUUUUUUUUGAGAGGACAGGAGGAGAAAAGUGACUGGAAGAUAUUUCCUCUAAUCCAAAACACGUGCAAAAUCCCAUCUUAAUUCUAGUGUUGGGCCAGCUCAAGACCAUUGCCUGGACUAAAUUAAACUGAAGGGGGUUUUUGCUUUUGGUUUUUUCAAUUUGUGUGAAUUGUGCUUAGACAGGCUACAAGUGUCAUCUUUUCGUGCUAAGAGGUGGUCUCUCUGGACAAGCCGCUCAGUGGACCUGUAGAUGUGAGAAGACUGGCCUGGUAGCUUCGAAACCCUGGACUCCUCCAUGUUCGGGUUUGGUUUUUCCUCCUGGCAGCAGCGCAGUUAUCAUCCGCCUGUGGGGAGUGGGAUAUAGGUAUUUCAAACCCAAUGCACAUUCUCAACUUGAAAUGAAAAACAACUGGAACAAAUAAAGGUUCUUGUACCCAGAGUGGCUCAACAUUGGGAAAAACAGCUUUCUUCAGAGAAAGACUGGCUAGAAAAGAGGGAUUUUGGAAUGUGAAGUAGGAUGACAGCUUGUGAAGGACGCUCUCUGUCCUGUGUUUAAGAGCAAGUCAAACUGUUUAAAAUGCCUGUCAAUCCAGUAUUUGCUCAGCUAACCCUGCAUCCAGGUUGCCGUGGAGUUUCUUUCAAAUCUGAGUGUUGCCCACUGACUCUGGAGGGGGAUUUGGAGAAGUUUCAAAUAGCAGCUCUGUAUUUUUUUUUUUUUUCCCUCACAACCAAUAGGACAAUAGCAGUUUUAGCCAAUUCUAAGACCUUCUAAAGACAACUUUUGAAUCUUUGCCUGGGAUAAUUUUUCUUUUUGAUGUGUUUUUAGUUUAGAAGUGCUAUAUUCCACAAGGUUUAAGUCAGUGAGGUUGGAAGAUACCUAAUCUUUUUUUUUUAAUUCAAAAAGCACAAUCAAUCUUUUCUUUGAAAAAGUACAACUUGCUUUUAGCAUAAUUAUUUUCCUAAAUAAAAGACAAAGAAUUUACUUAUAUUAAUUACGGGCACGAAGCAAGAGGUUUUCUUUUUUAAAAAGUGCAGUUCUGUAAGGCUGUGGUUAGUUAACUGUACCGAGUUAGCGCUAGCAUUUGUGGCUUGUUGGAAGGGUAGUAUUAACUGUAACAUGUAAUGGUGUGCUUUGACCUAGGGCGCUGUCUUCGUUGCUUUGGCAGUGGGAGGGUCUCUGCUGGCGCUGUCCGACUUGCUCCCCUGCCUCAUUCACAGUCUGUUUGUUCUGUAACCUUUAUUGUUAGGUGCUACUUAGGGUAGGCUUGAAGUGCUGGGUGGUGAUUUGAGUUCAAACAAUAAAAAAUUGUAUUUUUUCAAUAUUGUAUAAACAAUACUGUUCUAAUUAUCCCCCCCCAGUCCAGAUAAUUGCUUUGAUCUUGUCCAGAAAGAACCCAGUGUAGGGAAGAUCCAUGAACAGUGCCGCAGCACUGCCUUCACAGAAACCCACUUUCUCCAAUGAAAAACCCUCAGCUUGCCCCCUUUCCAGAGCCCCAGCAACACUGGCUGAGGUGCAGGGCCCACAUGGAUAUUGGGGUGAAGCAGCAGGUCAAGUGUGGCUGCGGAGUGCAUGUGGUGAAGGUGUAAUUAGGCUUCUCUGUUAGCACCAGGAACUCCUGGGCUUGCUGCCCGAGUCACACCCUUCCUCCUGUUCUGUGUGGGUCUCCCUUCAGGGCACUAGCCCUGACCCACCACGUGUUUGGGCUGUCUGAGCCUUUUCCUUUUGUAAGUUGGACAGGAUCCCUUCUAAUGCUGACUUUCUGUCCCCUGCUCCUGUGUGAGGUUGGAAGAGGAGAUCGUACUCGGAGGCUCGGAGGAGCUGGGAGGAGGCCUCAUUGGGACUCUGGGCCCCCAUAGUCUGCAGCAGGAGCUGUUGUGACCCCGAAGCCCUUCUGAGCUGUCAGUGUGUCCCUUCCUAACAGAAAGGCCCUCAGAGCGAUGGAGAGGUGAACUCAGCCCCAGGUGGUAACAGGAGGUCAGAGCUGCUGCUGGCAGUUCCCCUACCUUGGUACCCAGCAUUUUUGAAAUCCUACCUUGUGGUUUACCAGCACAGGCCAUCCCAUGUUCCCACUCCAAGGUCUGAACUCCAGCUCGUGCCAAACAUCGGCAAACGAGGUGGCUGCAGCCGGCAGCCCGAAAGCCCAUCACUGGGGCCAGUGAGCAGCAAUGGUGUCUUGGGUUUUUUGUUCUCAGUCUCAGCACCCUCCUUGAGGUUACUCUGCAGUUUCAGCCAGCAUUUUAUACCAAUGAGAGAACUGUCAGAAGUUGCCAUAUAAUCUCUCCAUUACUAAUGUUUUUGUCCACUUCAAAAGCUGUUCUGAUUUGCCAACUGGCUGAUCCAGGCUCCUGAGGAGCCCCCCCCCCCAGUGGCUCCCAGAAGCCCCCCUUUGGUCUGCCCCAAUGCUUGCUUUUUCCUCGGCCUCCUGUGGGGAUGGCUGGACUCCCACUAGCCUCCACAGCUCAGGUUUCCAGACCCCUUGUCUGGGAACUAGUGCUUGGUUUUAAGUGGCAUGUCUCCCUCCUGUGUUUUAGUGCGAAUUUAUAAAAGCAGGGUUUUACUUCAUUUGCUUCCUAACUAGGUUCACAACCUUGUUGAGGAAGAUCAUAUUGUUUCCACUUGGGCACAGGAACUGCAUUUCUUGGACUUCUAGAUCUGUGUUCCCACUUCCUGGCAGCCCCAGCAGGCCUCGUGGAGCAGAGGCUGAGGUUCGUAGCUUCCCUUCUCCAGAGGAAGGGCUCUUUGUUUAGCAAAUACUUGUCUUGGCUGUGAGCUUGGUAAGAAAUGGCCAUUAUUUACUGAUUGUAUUUGGUACAUACCAUGUGAUACUUGAAAAGAUCAAAGGGAUUUAUCAGCCCUGUGUUGAAAUCUAAGCUUUUUAUCGCUGACGUUUUCCUUGCCCCAUUUCCUCCCUUCCAUCUCUUUCCCUGCAUCGUGAUGAUCUAGUGGGCACGUCUGUCACCAGGACAAAUGCCACCUCUUGACUAUAACCUCUUAAUAGUUGUGUAUAAUGAAAACUGUAAACUUUUUUAAAUAAAAUGUGUAUAUACCUUG